UUACAGCACUUUUAGGUCUAUAUCUUUAUAAAACAGUGGUGAGGUUGCUAACAGCUGAUAGCUAGCUAGAGCUGGUGAUCAUAACAGCUUGAAACAGCAUCAUCUCCUCACAUGCUGCUGAUCACUGAACGGCUCAGCUCUUCUUUAUUUGAGCCAUGAUGCCUCUCAACUACCACUGUUAAAAUCAUAUCAUAGAUCCAAUAUGUUGAAUUGAUGUAGUACGUGAUGAUUGUGUGUUGAUGCCCCAAACAAGAGGAUCAGGACAGAGGGAGUGAGUUUAUUGCCUUCACUUGGUGGAUAUCUCACUGCCCUGGACAUGAUGGGCCCACGGCGAAAGGUCACCAGGACUCAUAGUUUGGGGGGAGGAACAUUUAGCUCUCUUGGACAUGAGGAACCUAAAGACUAUAUCAACGAGCUCUCACAUGAGGUGCUCUGCCACAUAUUCCGAUACUUACCCAUGCAGGACAUAAUGUGUAUGGAGUGUCUGUCACGGAAACUGCGGGAGGCGGUGACUCUGUACUUGCGGGUGGUGAAGGUUGUGGACCUUUGUGCCAGCCGGUGGUGGGAGUACAUGCCCUCAGGUUUCACAGACUCCAGUUUCCUCAUGCUAAUGAAGAAGAUGCCUGAUUUGGAGCAGCUGUAUGGUCUUCAUCCACGUUAUCUAGAGAGAAGGAGGGUCAGAGGUUAUGAGGCCUUGAGCAUUCCUGGUGUUUUGGAGGCUCUACAGGCCUGUCCCAACCUUAUAGGUGUGGAGACAUCGCAUUUGGAACUGGUGGAGGCGAUAUGGAACUACAUGCCUCAGGUUCACAUUCUAGGGAAGUUCAGGAACAGAAACGGGGCGUUUCCUAUACCCUCAGAGAACAAACUCACUAUUCCAGCUGCAGCUAAAAUCCAGACUCUCCAUCUUGUUGGUGUCAAUGUGCCGGAGAUCCCCUGUCUGUCCAUGCUCAGGCAUCUGUACCUGAAAUGGGUGCGCCUCACAAAGCCUCAGCCCUUCAAAGUCUUUCUCUGUGUGAAUUUGCGUACGUUCGUCAUGAGGAACUGCGCCGGUCCCACUAAUUCUCUGAAGUAUGUGCCUCUUGUCACCGGUCUGGCCUCUGCCCGCAACCUAGAGCAGCUGGAGCUGGUGAGGGUGCCCUUUUUGGGUGGACUGAUUCAGCAUGUUGUGGAGGAUAGCUGGAGGUCAGGAGGGUUCCGUAAUUUGCACACAAUUGUAUUUGGUGCCUGUAAAAAUGCACUUGAAGUGGAUCUGGGCUACCUCAUCAUUACUGCUGCUCGCAGGUUGCAUGAAGUUCGAAUCCAGCCUUCCUUAACCAAAGAUGGGGUGUUCUCCGCACUGAAGAUGGCUGAACUGGAGUUCCCUCAGUUUGAGACUUUGCACCUUGGAUAUGUUGAUGAAUUUCUGUUGCAGUGUAACAUGAGCCAUGCUGAGUUAGUCAAAUACGGUCUUGCUGAUGUGAUCGAGAAUCCAGGAAUCAUCACAGACAUAGGAAUGAAGGCUGUUAAUGAGGUGUUUACCUCUAUCAAGUAUCUGGUCAUUUAUAACUGUCCACAUCUUCACAAUCCACACAACUGGAUCACAGACCACUCACGCUGGAGUCGACUGGUGGACCUCACUCUAGUGCGCUGUCAUGCUAUCAAGCUGGAGUCGUUCAGUCAGUUCAUUGAGAUGCUUCCCAGCCUGGAAUUCAUCUCUCUGGACCAGAUGUUUCGUGAACCUCCCAAGGGCUGUGCCCGUGUCGGACUCAGUGCAGGCACGGGUAUCGGAGUUUCGUCUGCCCUGGUCAGCAAUCAGAAUUCCAACAAUGAUAAUGACAACAAUAACAACAACAAUCACCAGAACAAUAACGAUGCAAUUAUUCCACCAAAUAACAACAACGAACAGGUCGAAGAUGUGCCUCAGCAGCACCACCAUAGACCAGAGGAGAUUCCCGAUGUUGAGGGUAUGGUGCCAGACAACAUGGAGCCUGAGCCAGUUCGUGUGGCCUCCAACCCAGAUGAAGAGACCCAAAGUUCCAGCCAGACUACUAAUCCUUCUCUUGAACAGGAUGAAGAACAAGCAGGACCUAGUGGAGUUCAAACUGCAGUGAAGAAACAGUCGGUGGUGCUUUCAGACUCAGACAGUGACGAUGAGUAUAGUCCAAUCAGGACGCCGGCUGCCGCCCCCUCUCAAGGCCAGUACCCUGAGACAGAAGCCCAGGGGAAGAGCAGUACAGCUGUGACUCCACAUGGUAAAGGGAAAACUCCACUGCGUAGACAUGAACCGCAACCUCAGGAGCUCAGUUGUGAGAAAGGCUGCCAGGUGACCAGCGAGCAGAUCAAGGCUGACAUGAAGGCGGCCAUUGAGACGGCUGAGCGUGGGGCCAGAGACAGAAACAGUGGGCCCGGGUCUGCUUCAGGCUACGCUGCCGGCAACUGUGUUUGCUCCAUCCGCUGGAGGGAGGAGUCUGCCAAUCAGGACAACCAAGGUGGGGCGGGUAGAGGGGAGGACGACAUGGUGAGGACUCGCUGCACGUGCUCUGAAAAUAGGUCUCGUGGUGGCCACGGCCUGCCAGUGGGAGGAGACAGCCAUAGAUCAGAACGUCACAGCCCAGAGCAGAGAGCAGGAGGAGAUGAGAUGGAGGACAUGCACUCCAACGCUCCACCCAGGACUCAGGGCUCAACUGAGGGGCAAAGUGAGAGGACUGCAGGCCACCAGCAUGGAUCAUCACACAGAAGCCCUACAGACGAGUUUCCCAGGAGACCGGUCACUCGUGCCCGCAGCAGACUUUCCUCUGUGCCCCUGGUUUGUGAGUCAGAACUACCCAAAGCUAAGCCUCGGGUUGCAGUGAAGAGGAAACAUAUGGCAGACAAGUCCACCAGCACCAGUGACCCUGUGACUGAAGACGACCAUGUGCAGGUGCUCAGCCUUAAAUCUAAAAACCUGGUAGGAAUCACACUUACAAACUGUGGCAUCACAGAUCUGGUCCUUAAGGAGUGCCCCAAAAUGAUGUUUGUCCAUGCAACACGCUGUAGGGUGCUGAAACACUUGGUGGUUGAAAGUGCCCCCAUAGUAAACCGCUUUGAUUACGCACAAUGUAAGAAGUUGGACAUGGAGCAGGUGCUUGACCAGAUCUUACGGAUGCCGCCGGAGAGAAACCGCAUCAUCUACAUGAGGCCUAUGCAGCAGAUUGAUUCUCUGGCUCUGGAAAAAAAGCUCUUCAGUGGACCGUAUCCAUACCAUAUUGCUAUUAUCCAUGAGUUCAGCAAUCCACCCAAUGUCAGGAACAAAGUGCGCGUACGUAGCUGGAUGGACACCAUUGCCAACAUUAGCCAGUGAGUGUACUACAUUACCCAUAAUACAGUACUUGUAAA